CGACGAGAUCGCGGCGGUCGCAAAGCCGCGGAGUCGGGUCGAGUUGACAUUGUCGGCGAGCGAAUCGGCACAUUCACAGAUCAAUUCAAGAUUGCAUACUCGGUAAAUCUGAACGUCAGGAUCUUUAGAUCAAACAGGACUGCCCAGUCCCGAUUAGGACUAGUGUCGCACACUACGAAUUACCAAAGAUUCCAACGGACAACGAAUCUUCCUCAUCUUCGACAGCCGCCAACCCGACAUUUCUUCGACACCGCUUCCUCGUCGAACAACACCGCAAAAAUGGCCACCGAGUUGACCGUCCAGUCGGAGCGCGCUUUCCAAAAGCAGCCUCACAUCUUCCUUAACACCAAGGCUAAGGCUUCGUCCAAGAAGACUGCCCAGGGCCGCCGCUGGUACAAGGAUGUCGGUCUCGGUUUCCGUACCCCCAAGACCGCCAUUGAGGGAAGCUACAUCGACAAGAAGUGCCCCUUCACUUCCCAGGUGUCCAUCCGCGGCCGUGUCCUCGUCGGCAAAGUCGUCUCCACCAAGAUGCACCGUACCCUCGUCAUCCGCCGCGAAUACCUGCACUACGUCCCCAAGUACAACCGUUACGAGCGUCGCCACAAGAACCUGUCUGCCCACGUCUCCCCCGCUUUCCGUGUUGAGGAGGGUGACCUUGUUACCGUUGGCCAGUGCCGUCCUCUCAGCAAGACUGUUCGCUUCAACGUGUUGAAGGUUCACGCCAAGACCUCGCGCGCUGUCAAGUCUUUCUCCAAGUUCUAG